AUGAAUCUCAUAGUAGCAUUCAGAAUGUAAAUUGAAUUCGAUGAUAUUUAUAAUGGAGUUACUUGUAAUCAAGGUUAGGCAUAGCAUUUCUUUUUUCCAAUUUAUCCAUAUUAUUGCAUAAGUAAAGUAUUUUUUUAUCAAGAGGCACUUCUCCUGAAUGCGUUGGAGUUACAACUCCGACAAUAAAGCGAACAUCGAAAAAUUUUUAUUACGAUUUAUUUUGUCACCCAGAUGUUUAAGUUGGAGCCUCAGCAACUAAAAAAUAAAUAUCUAUAUUUUUAAAUUAUAUGAGCUGUGGCAGUCCCUUAGGUUAAUUGGUCAUGACACUUAAUGAAGAAGGGAAAUAUUUUAUUUAAUGUCAAUGUAAAAUAAUUUUAAGAUGAUAAAUUAGACGAAACUACUGAAGAUAAAAUUCACUGUUAUUUCGCUUUAAUUAAGAGUGGAAUUUAUAAAUGCUUAUAUUGCCAGGACAAUUACUAUGGGGAGAAUUGUGAAAAAUACAAUUCCACAUCUACUUAACUAACAUCAAGUAAUUAAAUAGUUAUUAUUUAGAAUGCUAAUAGUAAAAUCCUGAUGGUACCUGCGCACUCUGCUAUCCAGGAUAUGGAAAGACAAGCGACUAUGAUUAAACUUGUUCACAAAGUAAUUUGUCCUAAGUAGUUUAGGUUGUAUUCCUUACAGUUCAUGCUAUAUUGAUCCUACAAAUAGUGUUGUUUAUGAGCUUCCAUGCAUGGAAGAUGGAGCUUUAUAAUUGGAUACUAUCUGCGUUUGUAAAAAUUCAUGAAAUCUAAGCUUGUAACAUAAAAUAUUGUUCGAAAUGUGAUAUAGAUUCAACUACUUAAACUGAAAUAUGCUUGGUAUGCAUCUAUCCUUACGUCUUAAUAAAAAACUAAUGCUUGGGGGACAAGAAUUGUUAUAACUAAGAACUAGUAUAUGAUGGAACUGGAACUCUCACAGGUACUAAAUGUUUAGAAUGUCUGUUUGGUUAUUUUUGGGAUACUCUGUUUAAUUAAUGCUCAAGUAAUUGAUUAAAUGCUGAAACAAGGUUGCAAUAAGAGAAAGAGUUGUCCAAUAUGCAACGAAUCGGGAUGCUUAUAUUGUCGUCCUGGAUAUGUUUUGGUGAAUUCAAAAUGUGAAGUUUUGACAUGUGUUAAAAAGCACUGCUUAUAUUGUUAAUUAGAUGACCCAAACAUAUGUACAGUCUGCAAUGAUGGGAUGGGUAAAUAUCUAACAAGUGCUGGUGAAUGCGAAUGCAAUAUUUAAGGGAGCCAAGGGGAUUAUUAUGGAACCUGUAAAAGUUGUACCACUUUGUAUUGUAAACUUUGUGAUCCUACUCCGUUUUCUUGUACUUAUUGUGAUAGUUUUUAUGGAAGAUAAUUGGUAGGGAAUUCAUGCGUUUGUCAAACUUAGUUCUUUGAAUUUUAUGACAAAACUAGAACGGAUGGGAGACCGUUAGUAUGCAAAAGUUUAGAUUUUCUUUUAUUAAAGGGUGCCAUAAAACAUGCUAUGCAUGCAAGGGAACUACAAUGAUUGAUUGUGUAGAUUGUGGAGAUCCGAAUAUCUAUCAUCGCUACUUAACCGUUAAAGGAGAAUGUGCUUGUAUUGAGGGGUAUGGAAAUGUGUUAUCUUUCUCCACUUAAGAGAACAAAUUACUUCCAGAUCUUACAUGCUCUAGUAUAUGAUUCAUCUAUGAAUUAGAGUGUCAUAAAAAAUGUGCUGAGUGUAUUCAAUCUCGACCUGGUACUUCAUUAGAAUAUUGUAUAAAAUGUAUUGAUGGAUAAAACAGAGAAAUAUCAGAUGAUUUGGAUUGUGUAUGUCAAGAGAAUUAUAGUGAUAAUGGAAUCUAUGAAAUUUGCUAUAGUAACUUAUCUCAUAUGUAUGUUUUCAAGAGUGUUAUUAUACGUGUUCAUCUUGCUAUGGAGUGUUGCCUACUAGUUGUCUCAAAUGUUCAGCCAGUUCGCAUAGGUAUUUGUCAUAAAAGAAAGAAUGUUUAUGUUAAGAUCAGUAUUAUGAUGACAACGUGAAUAUGGAAUGCUAAUGUAAUUUAAAUUGAAUAAUUCAAUAGAAUGUCAUUACUCCUGUUAAAAUUGUCUGGUUGACUCUGGGAUUGACAAGUGCACCCAGUGUCCUUCAUCGAGGAUUUCAAUUAUUGCUGGAUCUACUUUCAUUUGCACUUGUUAGGAAAUUGGAUACUAUGACUUGGAUGGAACUAUGGAGUGCCAACCUUGUCAUUAUUCAUGUCUAACUUGCGAUGGACCAGAAACAUAUAAUUGUCUGAGUUGUGAUACAAAUUAUAGGGAAUUUGACUCAGUUUAAUGUAAUUGUCCUAUUGCUUCUUAUGAUAUCGGUAAUUUAUAAUGCUAAGGUAAUUUUCAUUUCCAUUCACAAUUUAGGAUGUCAUUACAGUUGUAAAUCUUGUGACAAUGUCAAUUAUGAUAAUUGUUUAGAAUGUUCAGAAGAAGUCUAAUACAGAUUUCAGAUUGGAAACACAUGUAUUUGCAUGGAAGGUUAUUAUGACAUAAUUGGAGAACCUAUAUGUGGAAGUGAUAUAUAUGUAAUUAAUAUUUAGAAUGCUCUUAUAAAUGCUAACUCUGCAAGGAUACUAGCGAUUAUUGCCUAAGUUGUCCUUCUAAUUCAGGUAGAGAAUUAGGAUCUGAUAAUUCAUGUUCAUGCACUGAAGAGUUCUAUGAUGAAAUUUAAAUUCCUGUUUGCAAAAGUAAUUAAAAUUGAUAUAAUAGUGUGCCAUUUUAAAUGCUAAUCCUGCACUGAUGCAACUGAAUAAUCAUGUAACUCUUGUAAUAAAAAUAAUUUCAGAAAGCUAAUAAAUAAUGAAUGUGUUUGCAUGUAGGGCUAUUUUGAAAAGGAAGUUUAAGAGUGUUAAAGUAAGAAUUUAUAAAUAGUAAAAAUAUAGAAUGCAGUUCAUAUUGCUAAGAGUGUGUAGAUUAAUAUGAUAAUUGUACAGCUUGUUCGAAAGAUAGAUACCUCGAUGGCAAUAAAUGUUUUUGUAAGACAAAAGUUUAGGGGUAUCAGAUGAGCACCUAUGAAUUGAAGGGAGUUAUAUAAUGCUAAAGUAUAUAUAAGAGUCUAUCAUCCAGAUUGCCAUUAUACAUGCUUAACAUGUUAGAAGAGUUCUGCGCCAAAUCAAUGUAUAACAUGUCUUGAUAGUGAAAACAGAGUUUAGAUUGGAUCUACUUGUACUUGCAAAGAUGGAUAUUUUGAAGUGGGAAGAGCAGUGUGUUAGAGUAAUUUAAAUUAAUCUAUGACUUUUAAGAAUGCAGUAUAUAAUGUAAAUUGUGCAUCUCGAAGGAUGACACAUGUUUGGAAUGUUAGGAGAAUAGUCUUAGAGUGUUAAAUUAGAUAUUAAAGAAGUGUGUUUGUCCUGAUGGGUAUUAUGAUGAUGGAUAAAACAGUUUAUGCCAAUGUAAUAUUGUUAAUUCAUUUUAGAAUGUCAUUAUUCUUGCUAUACAUGUUCUAAAAUGAGCACAUUGUGUAGUGAGUGUAGAGCAUCAUCACAUCGACAACUUAACGACUUGAUCCUAACCUGUUCUUGCUAUCAAGGAUACUACGAUUCAGGUGUGUAGGAAUGUCAAAAAUGUCAUUAUUCUUGUCUAAGUUGUAAUUCAUUUUAGAAUUGCUUGAGUUGCAUUAUCUAGUCAGUUUCAAAAAGAGUAUUAUAUUUAAAUUCUUGCAUCUGCUUACCUGGAUUUUAUGAUGAUGGAUUUUCAGCCAGUUGUUAAAAAUGCGAUUAUUAAUGUUCAACUUGUAUUACCUAAUCUUAUUAAUGCACUUCUUGUCCAUAAACAAGAAACCUACAAUAAAAUUGUGACUGUUUAAAUGGUUAUUAUGACAUUGGGUAUGCUUUAUGUUCAAAAUGUGAUGCCAAUUGUUACAGAUGUUCUAAAUCUCCAACUUAUUGUAUAGAAUGCAAUGCUUAAUAAAAUCGGAUGUUAAACAAGUAAUUGAGUAAUUGUGUAUGCAAAUUUGGAUAUUUUGAAUUGAAUGGAGUUUGUUAAUAAUGCAAUUUGACUUGUUAUACUUGUAGUGAUCAAUAGGAUAAUUGUACAUCUUGUCCUAUCGAUAGAUUAUAAAUUGGAUCAGUUUGUAAAUGCAAUGAUGGUUUUUAUGAAGAUUAUAAUGAUAAACAAUGUUAUCUCUGUCAUUCCUCAUGUUUGACUUGUAUUUACACAGCAACACAAUGUCUAUCUUGUAUAAGUGGAGACUUCAGAAUUUUGAAAUGGGGAUCUAAAUGUGAAUGCAUUGAUGGCUAUUAUGAAAAUCUAACCAAUCAAAAUUGUAUGCAAUGCAAUUAGACUUGUUUAACAUGCAAAUAUAAUGCCAAUCAUUGCACAUCUUGCGAUGCCAGUCUUCAUUAUGACAUUCAAUCUAAUUCAUGUGUGUGUAUGUCUAAAUAUUAUUAUGAUGUUACUACCAAACUGUGUUAAUGUAUUUUGAUUAUUAUUAUACCAUUAGAGUGUCAUUUUAGUUGUUUACAAUGUCAGAGUCAAUAUGAAUGUACUACUUGCAAUACACUUACUCGAGAAUUUGACAACGUUACCAUGAAAUGCAUAUGCAGGAAUGGAUACUUUGAAACAAAUACUGAACUUUGUCAAUGUAUAUCCAUUUAAUAUAUUCAGAGUGCCAUUAUUCUUGUUCCACUUGUCUGAGUUCUUCAACCAACUGUCAAAAUUGCAGUCAAUUAUACUUUAGACUUCUUAAUAAUAAUUAAUGUCAAUGUCUCUAAGGUUACUACGAUGUUGGUGUGUCAAUGUGUUAGAAAUGCUCUGAAGUAUGCAAAACCUGUUAGAGUUCCUCCACUAAAUGCACAUCAUGCUAUGACUCAGAAUAACAUAGAAUUUAAUAGGGAGAUUAAUGUACUUGUUAAAGUGGAUAUUUCAAUUCUGGAUCAUUAAUUUGUUAAAGUAAGAUUUUAUUAUGAUUUAAGAAUGCUCAAAUUCUUGUAAGACUUGUGAAUUUCAAUCUCAUUUUUGUACAAGUUGUGAUUUAAAUUAAAAGAGAAUUGACAAAUCAAUUUAAAAGAAAUGUCCUUGCAUCACUGGAUUCUUUGAAGACUAAAACCAAAAUUGUCAAAGUAUCUUAUUCAACAUAAUAAGAAUGCCAUAUUAAAUGUUAUGAUUGCAUCAAUUCCAGUGAAACUUGUAUUAGCUGCAAUUAUCAAGUCAACUCCCAUCGCCAUUCUUUAUCAUAUCAAUGUAAUUGUAAGGAUGGGUAUUAUGAUGAUGGAACAUAAAUUCAAUGCUAGAAAUGCAGUUAUUAAUGUAAAUUGUGCUUAACUGCCUCUAAUAAUUGCUCAACUUGCAGUAACAGUUUCAGAUAAGAUCCUCCUCUUUGUAAUUGCAUUGACGGAUAUUUUGAGGAUGAAUAAUAAACAUGUUAACGUAUAAAUUAUUCUAUUACUUUCAGCUUGUGAAUAUUAAUGUAGUACUUGUACUUCUAACCCAGCUAACUGUUUAUCUUGUAAACCAGAUAGAUUUGGCCCUUCUUGUGAAUGUUCAGAUGGCUAUUUCGAAGCAGGGUUAAAUAAUUGUGCGUGUAAUUACUCUUAUAUUAUUUUUAGAAUGCGGAUUCCAAUGUUAAACUUGUACUCAAGCUUCAAAUAACUGCACCUCAUGUAAGGGUAACAGACUGUCAGCACCAAUAUGCAAAUGCCCAAAUGGAUUCUAUGAUGACUAUGUAAAUGAGAGUUGUCUACAAUGUCAGUACACAUGUGAUACCUGUGAUGCAAAUAAAUGUAUAACUUGCAAUGGAAACAGAAUCUUAUCUUAAGAAAUGACUUGUGAUUCUCCACCAAAUUCUGUUUGCUAUUAAGACACUCCAUGGUGUUCUAGUAUUAAUAUUAAAUCUCUAUAACCUAGAUUGCAUUGUAGCAGUGUUAAAUAUUUAUUUCUCAGAUGAACUCGAUCGUCUAAUAAUAGUAUUUGAUUUUCCUUUGGAUGAUAAAUUGUUCCAAUCUUACUCAUUGUCAAAUAAAUGCUUGUAAAUAUUUGAGAUGACUUCCAUCGAUAAACUAGGAAGGAACCCUCUUUGUUCAAUAAGUCCAACCGACAACCAUGAAUUACUCAUUUAAUUAGGAGAUUAUCCUAGUAUAAAUGUAGGUGAUGAAUUGAUUUUCUAUACUAAGUCUCUUUCUCAUCUAUCUUGUGAAUAACCGUUAUCAGUUUUUGUUCAUAAUUAAGUUGAACCCCCCAAAAUAUUGUUAUAACCUUAAUUAGAAUUUGAUGUACCAGAUUAUUUAAUCAAUCCUUGUGUUGAAACUCAGGUCUAUCAAAUGAAUCGCAUGUAUGAUGGAAAAAGAGCUCUGAUAAAUCCUUAUUGGUAUUAUGCAUCUUCAAGUGGCACCAAUAAACAAUUAGAUGACUUCAUUGAAUAUCAAAAUACCCUAAAGGAUUUCAAUCUAAUAAUACCUACAGGUACUCUACCAAUCAAUUCCAAUAUUACCUUUUUUGUUCAAUUCUCGAACUUUUUGACUACCUCUUAAGUAUAGCAUUUUAUUAUUUCAACUCAUGAUGGAGAUUCACCAACCAUUUUAUUAAAUAUAAAGAAGAGAUACUUCACAUUCCAAUAAAUUCUACUUAAUUUUAAUAUCGAAACCAUUUAAUGUUACAAAAAGAACAAUUCAACAUCUCAGAAUUAUGUCUAUGCAGUCUAAUUAUUUCAAGUAGAAAAGACUCCAAAAGAAGCAUCAGAAUCAAAUGUCAAUUAUGAUAUUACCUCCAUCUAAAAGGAUCAUUCUAUUGUAAUACAAGAAUAUAAACUAUCCCCAAACUCUAAUUAUACAUUUUAGAUUAAUGUGACUAAUAAAAUUUCAGGUCAUAAUUAAUUAUAGACUUUUAAGAUCCAAAUUAUAUCAGCAGGUAUUUUAUGUUAGUUUGAUGGUAUUUUAAAUGUGUAAUCAUUUGCAAAGGAUAUGAAUUUACUUAUACAAUGCAAAGAUUUAGAUGCGCAAUUCGAUUGGAAUGCUGAUCCAGAUAUGUUUACAGAAAUAGUAUGUUUUGAAUUAACGAGAAAUCAAAAAUGUAUUGACAUCCAUAAAAAUAUUAUACUUGUAAACACAACAGAGAAACUACAACACAUAAAAAAAUUUAGUGUUGAACCACUCACAAUUCAAGAAUGGUCUCUUAAAGUAACUAAGAAAUCAGCUAAAUAUCAUUUUAGAGAGGUAAUUGUGUUCUUAGAGAAUGAAUUUAAAGUGCAAAAGGUAGAGUUUAAUAGUGGCUAUCUAAUGAGAGAUAUCAACAAUUUCGAAUUGCUGAAUUUCACCUUUGCUUUUUCUGAAGAUUAAUAACUAAAUUUGAUCGACUAUUCAGUUGGGAUUGUCUAUGAUUAUCAGAUUAUAGACAUACUUUCACCAACCUUCACCACAUUUCAAUUCAGGCUUUUUGAUUAUAUCACUCAAAUGAAUAGAGGCAAUUAAAUUAAUCUAAGGUUUAAUGCAUAAUUUACUGACAAUAUUAUGCCUAAUCUCUACAAUCUAAAUCUAAAUCUCAACUAACCUGUUCCAUGUUAAUAAUUAUAGAUUAAUUAAAUAGAUCUGCAAAAUAAUGUGAACUACUAUUCAAUUGCUGCUAUUUGUGACUAUUCAAAAAACUUCCCAUACUCCUAUUAGUUGAAGUACUUCUAUAGGGAAUCUGAUUAUCAUCAAUACUUGAAGUCUUAAUCUGAUUACUCCAUUACAUUUUAAUAGUAUUAAACCUCAAAUAAAUUUGAAUUAUCACUCCCCUCCUCAAUGAAUUCAUCAAAUAUCAAUAUUUUGGUUUAAGUUAUUCAUUCAGGUGGAUCGAUUACUAAUAUUUAUUAAAAGUUUAAUGUACAAAAGAAUAAGUUGAAUUGCUCUCUUAAUUUUAAUUAAUCAUUAAGUCUCCAAAUCAAAAUCAGUUUACUCUUCGAAGCUUAUAAUAAUGAAUGUUUGAAUUUAACACUUACUAUUUUAGAUUACCUAAAAUAGAUGUUAUUUACAGCAAAAAAACAAGAUAAAUAACUAAUAUUAUCCUCAGUUAAAUUAUUUAGACUAAUCUAAACUUCAAAUUAAAUGGAUAAAGGAUAGAUUAGAUUAUUGGAAGAACAAAAACAAGAAGGAACUGACAAAUGCUUUGAUAAAGUUAAAAAACAUUUUAUUGUUUAUGGAAUACCUUAACAAUAAAAUGAAAGCUAAAUUCAAAUAAAGAACAAUAUCAUCAACAAUGUAGUUUUAAUCAAAAAUUUAAUAUCUUCCUCCUUACUUGAACUCUAAUCCAUUCUUCUGUAAUUGAGUAGUAUUUAAUUGUUCUGGGAUUAAUAAUUAGAAUAAAACAAAGAAUUUUCAAUAGACUCCUUGCAGUCCUCUUUAAUUUUAAUCGAUGAUAUCUUUUAAGAUAUUUCAUAAAUCAAUUAACCUGAUGAAGUGAUGUUAAACCAAAGCAUGAUUUUACUUGAUUAAAUUAAUAUAAUUGUGUCAAUCAUCUAAGAAAAAGCAAUAGUUGAUGGCAUACAUUAGGAUUUCCAAGGGGUUUCAUUUAAUCUGUCCUUAAAAAGAAUUAGCAAAAAGCAUUUAAAUUAAUUACUUAAUCUAGAUAUCAAUGCAUUUGAUUUCUUAGUUUCCUUUUGCUAACUAGAAUAAAUGAACUUAGUAUUUAAUCCCUAUCUGUUUUCCUCCAAUUUUUCAUUCAAUUCAUUAGACCAUUCAAAUGAUUCCGAAAUCCAGAUUGUUGAUCAACCAUUGAAAAUAGUUUCUUUAAAGAACUAUUUCAAAAAGAAACCCUACAUAUUGAUCGAUUAACUAGAAAACUACAUCAUUAGUUUUAAUAAUUACACAGUUUGUAAAAGUGAUUUAAGUAUUAUCGAAGAAUUCGAUCUGAUUUGUAUAGUUAAAACAACCAACAAAGAAAUUAAAAAAUGCACACUCAUAUAACAAUACGAUGAAUCCUUAAAUGAGACUUUAGUAGCCUGCCAAUGUAAUUAUUUAGGAGAAGUUUUCUUAUUGAAAUCAGUCAUAAUGGAUAAUGCUAUAGAAUAUAUUGAUACUCCAACAAUUAAGUAAAAAGCAAAAAAUUAAAUUGGUCUUCUUACUGGUGAUCCUCUAUUCAUUAUUAUUAAUAUCUAUUGUUUUAUUACUUUAAUAGCAUAUUCCUAUUACAUUUAUCAGGAAUUAAAAAUUCAGAAAUAAGGCAUAAUCAAGCAGUAAUGCGAAAUCAGCUCGUUUAGAUAAUCUAUACAUCUAUACCCUGGAAAUUUAUAGAUUUUUAAGAAAGAAUUGAAGGUAAUUGUAUCUUAAUAUCUAUUUAGUACUUGCAUCAGAUAACAGCUCUUUUUUAUCAUGAAGUCAAUCAUACUAAAUUAAGUAAAGGUAUAUUAAGCACAUUUUCUUUAAUCAGCUUUGUAUUCUUGCUAUUUUUGCUUGAGUUUUCAAAUUUAGAAAUUCAAAAGAUUUGGAUAUAUGUAAUUUUUAUGUUUAUAAAUUGCAUUCUUUUUGAAAUGGCUAGAGGAAUCUUGAAAAUACUGAGGGUAUUGUCUCGAUUUGGAAAAAUAAUAAAAAUUGUGUGUGCAAUAGUCUAGGUGGUAUUGCUCUUCUCUCCUUCAAUUGAAUACAUAGUUGGUUUUAGGUAAAAAGAUGUAUAAAUCAAUUUUAGUUAGCAAAUAGAAUGGGAUAUAGUGACUAUAAUUAUUGUCUUCUUAAGUUGUUUGAUAGUAAUCUUUGUCAUUUUAGAGCCAAUAAUUGCUUAUAUAAGAAUAUUUUUGUAUAAUUUGAUACUGCCAAGUAUAAAAUCCAAUUAACUAAAUCCUUUGCAUCACUUGCUAUACUUCUUUAUAUUCCAUGAAAACUUAGAAAGUGAAUUAUCCUAAUAUAAGUUGAUUUGA